GCCUUUUCUAAAGCAACAGUGCUAGCGGAUGCGUUUUCGGGAAGGACGCGAUGGCGCUCGCGGUGUGCGGACGGAUAGCUCGGAGUCUGAUAGGCAGAGAGGGAGUUCGCUGUGCGGCAGCAGUUACGUUAUUUCGGCCUCCUGCUCGGGCUUCAAGUUCACAGAUUUCUUCGCUGCAGCCAAGCUAUGUUCCCAAGACCUCUUUAUCUGAACCACCUUGGACAGAGGUCAAACUUCUGGAUAACACAGAGGAAGCAGAAUGCCACAGAGAACUUUGCAAAAAUGUCAACAACUUGAUUGGAACAGGACAGUUCGGGAGACUUUUUGCUGUCGUCUUUUUUGCAAGUAAACAAUGGAAAGUGACAAACGAGGACCUCCUACUGAUAAAUAGCGAGAUGGGCGCCGAAUGUGGAGACAGAAUUCGCUUAGAUAAGGUACUGCUGGUUGGAAGUGACAAUUUUACACUUAUUGGAAAGCCUCUACUUGGGAAAGAGUUAGUGAAAGUUGAAGCCACAGUGAUUGAAAAGACUGAAUCAUACCCAAAGAUAAGCAUGAGGUUCUGGAGACGGCACAGGCAUCAAAGGAAAAAAAUUACUAUUCGGCCACAAACCAUCCUGAGGAUCAACUCCAUUGAAAUCGCCCCCGUAUUAUCCUAAAUAUCCGUUAAUACUGUGCAACGGCUAAAGCUUUAUUAAAUUGUGUUUCAUUUUGUA